GUUUAGUUGUAGACAGAAGAUUUAUACAUUGUCGGACCAGGGCGCUUGAUUCCCUUUGAGUGGAUGAGCCAGCUAGCUCCCGCUACAACAAUCCUCCGCCGCCAAACACAGCUACGAAGCUUAUGAUAUUCCUUCUUUGGAGUUUGGUAGCAGUGCUUUGAGUCCAUAUCAUGAAAUUUUGAAUCGUCCGAGCUCCAUUCUCCACUGAGAUGGCGUCCAUAGUCGCUUGCCUUCCCAAUAUAUCUGUAACUUCCAUAACCCACCUUUCCCAGUUCCCUGAAAAUCCAAAAUCUUUGAUUCUUCAGAAAUGCAAGACUCCCAAAGACCUCCGUCAAGUUCACGCUCACCUUCUCAAAACUCGCCGUCUUCAAGACCCCACCAUUGCAGAAGCCGUUCUCGAGUCCGCAGCUUUGCUUCUUCCCAACUCCAUAGACUAUGCCCUUUCCAUUUUCAAUCACAUGGACAAACCUGAAUCGUCGGCUUACAAUGUUAUGAUCAGGGGACUUGCUUUCAAGCAAUCGUCUCAUAACGCCGUUCUCCUGUUCAAGAAAAUGCAUGAAAACUCGGUUCAACACGACAAAUUCACUUUCUCCUCUGUCUUAAAGGCUUGCUCUAGAAUGAGAGCGCUGAGGGAAGGCGAACAGGUCCACGCGCUCAUUCUGAAAUUUGGGUUCAAAUCAAAUGAGUUUGUAGAAAAUACUUUGAUUCAUAUGUAUGCGAAUUGUGGACAAGUUGGGGUUGCACGUCAGGUGUUUGAUGGAAUGUCGGAACGAGCAACAGUUGCGUGGAAUUCAAUGUUGUCUGGUUACACGAAGAAUGGGCUUUGGGAUGAGGUCGUGAAACUCUUUCGAAAAAUGCUGGAACUCCGUAUUGAAUUUGAUGAUGUUACAAUGAUUAGCGUGUUAAUGGCCUGCGGAAGAUUAGCGGAUCUGGAAUUGGGUGAGUUGAUUGGUGAGUAUAUUGUGUCAAAAGGGCUAAGAAGAAACAGUACUCUAACAACUUCGCUAAUUGAUAUGUAUGCCAAAUGUGGUCAAGUCGACACUGCUCGAAAGUUGUUCGAUGAAAUGGAUAAAAGAGAUGUCGUUGCGUGGAGCGCGAUGAUCUCAGGGUACGCGCAAGCCGAUCGAUGUAAAGAAGCUCUUGAUCUGUUCCAUGAGAUGCAGAAGGCAAACGUGGAUGCAAAUGAGGUAACAAUGGUCAGUGUUCUGUAUUCAUGCGCCGUACUCGGAGCAUACGAAACCGGUAAGUGGGUUCAUUCCUACAUAACAAGGAAGAAGAUGAAGCUCACUGUUAGUCUUGGAACACAGCUGAUAGAUUUCUAUGCUAAAUGUGGGUAUAUAGAUAGGUCAGUUGAAGUUUUCAGGGCAAUGCCUUUCGCAAAUGUCUUCACAUGGACAGCACUAAUUCAGGGUCUUGCCAAUAAUGGGGAGGGGAAAAUGGCUCUGGACUUCUUUGCUUUGAUGCGAGAGAACAAUGUAAAGCCGAAUGAUGUAACUUUCAUUGCUGUUCUUUCUGCUUGUAGCCAUGCUUGUCUGGUUGAUCAGGGCCGACAUCUUUUCAAUAGCAUGAGAAAGGGUUUUGAUAUUGAGCCAAGGAUUGAGCAUUAUGGCUGCAUGGUUGAUAUUCUUGGACGAGCUGGGCUACUUGAAGAAGCCUAUCAGUUUAUUGUUAACAUGCCCAUCCCACCCAAUGCUGUUGUUUGGAGGACACUUUUGGCUUCAUGCAAAGCUCAUAAAAGCGUUCAAAUGGCAGAAAAAUCAUUUGACCACAUUACUCUCUUGGAGCCUGCUCACAGUGGAGAUUACAUUCUUCUGUCAAAUACUUAUGCUUUGGUUGGUAGGGUUGAGGAUGCACUCAGGGUGAGAUCUCUGAUAAAAGAUAAGGAGAUUAAGAAGACACCGGGUUGUAGUUUGAUCGAGCUCGAUGGUGUAGUACAUGAGUUUUUUUCUGAAGAUGGAGAUCAUACUCACUCUAAGGAAAUACACGAUGCGUUAGAUGAAAUGAUGAAGCGGAUCAAGUCGCUCGGAUAUGUGCCCAAUAUAGAGGAUGCUAGACUAGAGGCUGAAGAAGAAGAGAGUAAAGAAACUUCGGUGUCGCAUCAUAGCGAGAAGCUAGCUAUUGCUUAUGGUCUUAUUCGGACACCUCUUCAAACCACCAUUAGAAUUUCAAAAAAUCUAAGAAUGUGCAGGGACUGUCACAAUGCAACCAAGGUCAUAUCACGAGUGUACAAAAGAACAAUCAUCGUUAGAGAUCGGAACCGUUUUCAUCAUUUUAAAGACGGUGUUUGCUCCUGUAAUGACUAUUGAAUCUGGUAGAUUGAAGGCAUAAGGCACUAAGUUGAAGAAGAACAUGAAAUGCACCUCUUCCCUGUCCUAAAUUUACCCAUCAAAACUGGAAAUAUG